AUUUUCCUCACCUUCGGUUUGAAAAAACGUAAACAAAAAUCGUUUGGCUUUAUCGUCGGUUGAUAAACAAAUCAAAAAAUGUCCGGAGGAAUGUUAUACGGCGGCGACGAAAUCGGCGCCUUGGUGUUCGAUCCGGGGCAUCAUUCGCUGCGUGUAGGAUACGCUCAGGAAGACACGCCGAAAGCCGAAAUUCCGGCGAUCGUCGGCGUCGCUCCCGAAGAACCGAAAUUGGAGCCCGAGGCUAAACCCGACGAAAGCAAUGUUUCUUCUAACGCUCCUUCUCACAAGUAUUACAUUGACACCACUUACCUGUACACUCCAAGACCAAACAUGGAAAUACACAGUUACAUGAAAGACGGCAUGAUCGAGGAUUGGGAUUUGUUCGAAAAAAUCAUGGAUUAUUCGUACAGUAAGGUAAUCCAAUCAGAAUCUCAAUAUCAUCCUGUUCUUUUCUCGGAAUCGCCUUGGAAUCAACGUCAUCGGCGUGAGAAACUUACGGAAAUCAUGUUCGAAAAGUACAAAGUACCCGCUUUUUUCUUAGUUAAAAAUGCUGCUUUGGCUGCAUUCGCUAACGGUCGAGCCACAGCAUUAGUUAUCGACAGCGGUGCAACUCAUACUACAGCUGUGCCGGUACUGGACGGUUACGUUAUAACCAACGCGGUUGUAAAAUCGCCCUUAGGCGGGGAAUUGCUGGUGCACAGAGCCCGGGAAAUGCUGGAAAACAUGGGUAUAGACUUGACGCCUACGUCGCUUAUAGCCAGCAAAGAGGUCAUCCGUGAGAAAGACAAGCCGAAAUUCACCAUGAAAAAGUUGCAAUUCCAGCCGACGAAUUCCUGGAUGACUUACAUGAUAAAGAGAACUGUGCAGGAUUUCCAACAGACCGUGCUGCAGGUUUCUGAGAAUCCGUACGAUGAAAGGGCAGCGUCUAACAUUCCAGCUGUUCAUUACGAGUUUCCGACUGGUUAUCAUCAAGAUUUUGGUCCGGAAAGGUUUAAAUUGGCUGAAGGAUUGUUCGAUCAUGCCAUGCUCGGAGCCGGAUACAUUGCUGCAACCAGCGCAGGAAUGUGUGACGUCGACAUAAGACCAGCACUGUACAGUUCUGUAGUUUUAACUGGUGGGAAUUCAUUGUUACAGGGUUUCAGUGACAGAUUAAGCAGGGAUUUGUCAUCGAGAACGCCAGGAUCGAUGAGGCUCAAAAUGAUAGCUGCUAAUGGAACAGUCGAACGUAGAUUCGGUGCUUGGGUGGGUGGAUCGAUUCUAGCAUCGAUCGGUACUUUCCAGCAAAUGUGGGUGUCUAUGCAGGAGUACCAAGAAGUUGGUAAAGCUCAAAUUGACAGAAAGUGCCCUUAAGAUAUUUAUAAAUGUGUAAUUUGCUAUUUUUAUACUAGUAUUUAAGUAUUAAAACGACUAGAUUCCAUUUUAGCGACUAUUAAAUCUUUU